CCCCACCUCAAAAAAAAAAAAAAAAAGUAGGCCUCCAGUAUAAAAUGCCCACAAAAGGGCCAACAGUGGCCUCGAGGGAGAUUCCACCAGCACUUUCACUCCUCAUCAGAAGAGGUGAUGGAAAGGGGGAGGACCAGGAGGGUUCUAAAGAAGCGACUCAAAAACAGAAGAAAAGCAAAAAAGAGCAGGAACAGGAUGUGGAACGAGCCGAGCCUGCCGUCGCUAAGGAGGGGGACGACGGACAGCGAGCGGAGGCGGGUCAAUCCGAGCCCUCGGCGCCCGAGCCUGCAGCGGCCCUCGGCUCUCCGGAAGCUUCUUCCUCGGCCAAGCAGCGGCGAUCCAUCAUCCGGGACCGCGGGCCUUUAUACGAUGACCCCUCACUGCCUCAGGGCUGGACACGCAAACUCAAACAGCGCAAGUCGGGACGAUCGGCUGGCAAAUUCGACGUCUACCUGAUCAACCCAGAAGGGAAAGCCUUCCGUUCCAAAGUGGAGCUCAUGGCGUACUUCCAAAAGGUGGGUGACACCACCACAGACCCAAAUGACUUUGACUUUACGGUAACGGGGCGCGGGAGCCCGUCACGCAGGGAGAAGAGACCGCCGAAGAAGCCCAAAGUGGCCAAGCCGACCGGCCGAGGGAGGGGCCGGCCGAAGGGCAGCGGCAAAGUACGGCAGGCCACGGAGGGUGUCGCGGUGAAGCGUGUGGUAGAAAAGAGUCCGGGCAAACUCCUCGUCAAGAUGCCCUUCAUGGCCCCAAAAACGGAGGUGGGCUCACCCUCGGGGCAAGUCCCCGUCGUCAAGCAGCGCCCAGGACGCAAGAGGAAAGCGGAAAAAGAGCAGGUGAGCGCGCCAAAGAAACGCGGGAGGAAGCCGGCAGCUGCUUCUCAGGCUGCGGCAGGAGGGACAGGCUCGAGUGUGGCGUACGCCGCUGCAGCUCUCGCGACAUCAGAAGCCAAGAAGAAGGCGCAAAAGGAAUUGGCAGCCAAGCCUGUGCAAGAGAAGGCGCUUCCCAUCAAAAAGCGCAAGACACGGGAGACCAUGGAGGAGGCAGAAGGGUCCGCUACGACCACACCCGAGGCACCAAGCAGCGUAGCAAAACGGCCUGCGAGUCAAACGGCGCCCUCUGCUGGAGCGGAGUCAGAAACGGGACAGAAGCUUCACAAGCACUCGAGCCGGAAGCAUAAAGAAGCAAUGGAUUCCGGGAAUGGCAGCAGCAGCGGACCAAAGGUCCACAAAAAGAGAGAUCAGCGCGAGCAACAACUGAAACACCUCCACCAUCACCAUCAUCACCACCAUCAUCAACACCAACACCACCUGCCCCUGAUGCAGCCGUCCAUCUUCACCCCGCAGGCUCACCAGCUUUCCCUCGGUCACUCCAUGCACGGAGGACCUCCAGUGGAGAACGAGCCCCAGGACUUGAGCACUUCCAGAUCGAGACAGGAGCCGCUAGCCUGCAGGGAGGAGGCCCGAACCGACAGUCACACGGUUAGAGACGCUUCAGGCAAGAUGGCGGCGGCAACAGAGUUGCGAACCCAACAGCAGCAGCAGCAGCAGCAUGGCACUGUGACGGGGGAUGGAAAGGAACUGAGAGACAUUGUUCCUCCUUCUGCCGUUCCCAGGCCGAGUCGAGAAGAAACGGUCGAGUCCAGGACGCCUGUGAGCGAACGCGUGAGCUGAAGGACGUGACUGACAUUCAGACUAACUGACCAAUCAGCAGCAACGGCUGUGUUCUCACACAGGAAUAGAGGCACUCACAGGGGGAGGAGUUGUUUUAUUAUUAUUAUUUUUUGUCUGUCUGUUUGUGUUUAAUUUUUGUGUGUUGUGUGGUUUUUUUCUUUUUUUUCUUUUUUUUUUUUAAACAAGAAAUAAUGAAAAAAAAAAUCCACAAAAAUGUAAAUGUACUUACAAAAGGCAGCUGUUGUGUCGAGUGUUGUGAGUCGGAUGCGGAGCGAUUUGGUAAAAUCGCUGGCGUACUGCUUCUGAAUGAAUGCUCAGAUUUCUUUCUUUUUGUUUGCCCAGUUUCAUUUUUAUCGUUAUAUUAAUAUAGAUAGAGAAAUCAUAGGAACCACGUGUUAUUGCUUCGUUAGAGCUUCUAGGAAAUAGCAAGACACUGAGAUAGUCAUGGAUGCACAAGUAACACUUCACCGGGAAGCUGAUCUACAACUCGUCUUUCCCUGCCAAACCCAGACGCCUCACAAACGUGUUGAUUUUUACAGCAUCGUCCUCGGGGUUAUUUUUUUUUCUUCGUGUUAGAGACGCGGCUUAGAAGAAGGCAGUCUGGUUAACUGCAUGAAGAGUGUCGGCGCUUUAUGAAAACAAGGCCACACAUCAUGGAAAAUAAAACUGCAGCACUUGUACCCUGUCAGUCAUGGUUUCAAGAAGAAAGGUGAAUCAAACCCUGAGAGAGAGAGGGAGAGAGUGAGUUUAUGGGAUUGUUUUUACAUUUUUUUUUUUUUUUUUUUUGGACAUCAACCAUGCUUCACAGUGGCUGGUUAAGCUCUGAACACGAACGCCUUUCUCUCGUUCUUGCUUUUUAAACGCACAGACGUCGAGAGGAAUGUUUGAACGCUGAGUAACGCGAUUAACCUCGCCAUCUGCUCCAGUGGUCCCGGAUACCAGACGAAUAUAGUAAUAGUAUAAUAGAGUAGGAAAAGUUUUCACUGUUCUACCUUCUUUUUCCGAGUUUUGGGGGAGGGGUUAAGCACAAACGGAUUUCUGAAUGAACUUUGAAAGCACAGCUGAAACAAGUGUGGUGUGGAAAGAGAACAAGGGAAAAAAAAAAGAAAUGAAAUUCUAAAGCGGUGCGUUCUAACAUGUUUUCUUCUUCUUCCUGGUGUUUUUCCCCUUUUUUUCUUUCUAUAAACAUAUAAAGUGAAAUUGAAAACAGCGGCCUUGUGUUUCCUGAACACAUCCGAGCCGCUAGCAGUGUUUGGAAAUGCACCCAUUCAUUUUUUUUUUUUUUUUUUUCCGUCCUCGUCAUGGUGAUGGAGAGCAAACGCAAUAUAAUAUGCGUGCUGUAUUUACUUCCUCUCGUACGACAGCUGCAAUGGUUCUCACAGGACUUUUUUUUUUCCUCACGUUGACUCGAUCCAAAUCUUGACCCAAACGGAGAUGGAGUUCAGUGAAGGGAAAACACAAAACAUGGAGAGAUUCCCUGCUUUGCCUUGGUUUACAUAUAAAACAUCAUUAGAGGGAUUUACAGGGUUGCCAUGUUGUGUGGAGACGCACAAAUGACUUAAUAAAUAAAAAAUUCCAAGUGCAUCGGAAAUUAGUUAGAACGUAUUCAACAUUCAGAGACUUUGCAAAUUUUGGUAUUUAUUUAUGCACUUGGAAGAGAAUUAAAAAAAAAAAAUUUCACCCACCCAGCCAAGUAAAGCCUUUAUGAUAAAUAAACCUCUUGAUUUUUUUUUUUUUUUUUAAUCCAAUAGGUGGAAUAUAGUCGAGGUAGCAGGGUCAAGCCAAUUUUUAUUUUUUUUUUUUAAGUCACACCAAAGUCACGCAUUUGUGUUUCACAUCCGUUUUAUCUUCUUUCAGUGCAGACCAUAGCGCAGUUUGUAGACUCACAGCGGAUGUGAGGUUAUAUCCUUCCUCAUUUCAUUCCUUUCAGCGCCUUUUUUUUUUAAUCCCCUUCUCCUGUAAACCUGUAAAGCCACGAAGUACUGACACAACAAUACGCAGGAAGAAAGUAACGUGAUGACUGAGUGAUGAGUGAUUGCAACGAGGCAUUCGAUCGAUGUACAGAAAUGCACGUCUAGACGUACAGUACGGGGACGGGACGAGACGAGGCGACGUCUGAUCACAGGCUAAUCUCAUCCGGUUUAUUUAAAGGCAUCAUAACGGCCAAUGAUGUACAAGUGGAGGCCGUUAUCGUUAUGACGAGUCGUUAAGUUCUUGUAUAUGAAGCAGUGCUUUUACAGUAGCGGAAACAUUUUAAUUGGUGAAAACUUGUAGACGUCCCUCUUUUUUUUUUUUCUCUCUCUUUCCUUCUUUAGGAAGCCUUCUAGCUGAGAUGAAUUGAUGGUCAUUGACGUGUUUGUUUCAGGGAAGCAUGCACUUUGAUCCGUUUCUCCAUCCGUACUGAUCACCGUGAUACUGACGAAGGUCAAAACAUGCUCCUGUUUAACUUUGAAUCCACAGAUUUGUAGAUUUAUUUUAUUUUAUUUUAUUUGGAGAACUACGUUCAAAAGGAAAAAAAAGCACGCAACCCAGAGGUCAUUUUUAUGAUGUGCGCUUUAGAAUAGUGAUUUAUUAUUAUUAUCCGUUAUUGUAAAGAUGUUGGAAAACAACUUCCCUUUCUCUAACUAGCUGUGUAGCUCGAAUUAGAUUUUAACAAUUGCCACAAGGGAAAUUAUUUUUUAAAAGAUUUCCACUAGUAUCCACUUCUAUUCCCCUCCUUUCAUCGAAGGUCAGCGUACAGAAGUGGUACUCGACAGUCCUUGUCCUCUAGCCUCCUCUCUACCUCAACCCUAGCCAGUGGGGAAGAGGACACUAGAGAAACUAGAGCACUUGCGCUCUAGAGAAAAGGGCUACGAAAUAAUUUCAAGAAAGAAAGAUCAAUUCAAACGCAUUCGUACUCCUGUGCGUUCGGAACAUGGUUACCCGCUUGAGGUCCGAUCACUCACUGAGGUCUCAAGCAUCUUCAGAUCCCACUAGCUUGCUCUGUUCCUCCAGAUCACGCGUAUCGAGUCGAGCGCUCACCUCAGCUGGGAGGGGGGAAAGAUGGGGGAUGUUCGAUUCGUGUGAACUGCCGGAACAGAGAUCUUAACCAGUGGACUAUGACGCACUUGACCUACAUGUGGUCGAUGUCGUCGUCCCUGGGCUGACUAAUCUGAGAGGGAAGGCUUGAGGACUACAGUGUUGAGUAAGCAAGUACAGCAUGAAACGCAUUGAGACAAACUGGCGUGAGAUUUAAAUAAAUAAAUAAGCAAACAGCAAAAACAGGAUCACUUCAAUCGCAGUGGUCAUGGCUCUACGUUAAAUUAAUGUGUAAAUAUCGACAGCAGCCGUCUGCCGCAGAACGGGGCAGUGCCUUCCUUCAUUUCCGGAAUCUGACCAAGGUGGCCUUUGAUUUUAAAAAAAAAAGAAGAAAAAAAAAAAAGGAGACGCAAGACGUGAAAUCGAGACGGGCUGAUUGGUCUUUUUUUUUUUUUUAAAGCAGGAUCUCCAUUAAUCUUUGCUGUACCAUUUUGUCAGAAGACGGAUCCAUGUAACCUUUUACUUCCACGCUGAGUUAUGCUUUUCGUAGCACUCAAUGCCCACUGUCAAAAAAAAAACCACAAAAAAAACACAAAACAACAAAAAAACCACCAUCAACAACAACAGGAAACAUGAAAUGACCUUUUAUUAUAUCUGUUUUGUGCCUCUGGCAGACAAAUAUGCUAUGGAAUGUCCUCGUGUCCCUGUAGCCAAAACAAAAACUACACGCUAUGUACGUAAACAUGUAUCAAUAUGCAUGAUUGCCAUUAGAAGUUAGUACAUUGCUUGCCCUUUACUAUUCUUCGUAAUGAUGGGGUUUUUUGUUUGUUUGUUUGUUUGUUUGUUUAUUUUAAUUUGUUUUUCUCUGGAACACUCCUCUCCGAGAGCCGGGCGAAAACAGUCUGAGCGCAGGAUUCUCACCCAAAACCUGAACACGGCAGUACACAGCGAAACUACAAGGUCACUUGUAUGUUUGUGCACUUCAGUAAAAAAAAAAAAAGACAAAUAAAAAAAAAAAGGACUUAAAAACAAAAAAAAAAAUUAGUUAAGUUGGACAAGAUUAGUUUUUAUGUUGUUCAGGGUGUUUUUUUUUUUUGUUUGUUUUUUUGGUGGGGUUUUUUAUUUUUCUUUUCUUUUUUUUUUUAGAUGAUGGUUACGCAUGGGCUCCUCAAACCGUUCCUCUUUAAGAUGUCCCCGAUGCCGUGGCAGACCUAUUCCAGUCCGAUUAAGUUAAUAUUCGUGGCUUUUUUUUUUUUUUUUUUUUAAAGAAGCCAACAUUAGGAGUAGACUAUUUUUACCUUAAGAGCAAUAGUUAUAUUUAGUAAAUCUAAUUUGCUUUUAUUUUUAUUUUAUUUCUAUUAUUAUAAUUUUUUUUUCAUUUCUUGUGUCUUUUAAAUUGUGUACGUUAUAUAUUUGAAGAAAAAAAAAUGAAAAAAAAAUACAAGGUUAAAGCUGAAUUAUAAGGAAUGCCUGAAAUACAAAUUCAAUUAUAGCACUCGAGAUAAUACAAGAAAGGAGAAUGAAGGUCGACUAAAACCACACGUUCAGCUUCAAGUCUUCAUCGGUAGAACAUUUCAUGGUCUAUUUAACAUAGUCUUGUGCCUUGAAGUUUCAGUAAUAGAACUUUAUACGGUAGUCGUAUUUUUAUUCUGAGUCCUGUGUUUGCCUCUUGUUGGUAUUCAGUGCUUUGGCUGUGUUGAGGAUUUAUAGAGACUGAUGAUAUGUUUGUCUUUGUUUUAUUUUCGUACAGGAAAACCCACAUUUGGAAUAAAUUAGGACAAAUGUACGUUACCUGGGCAAUAUUGACUGUGUAGAAGGUAAUAGGAUACUGGUAUUAUUAUUAUUAUGAUUAUUAUUAUUAUUAUUAUUCAUCCCUGCUAUGUCGAAUGUGUCUCCUGUUGGAUGAAGUGUAUUUGUCAAGAAAUGUUCUCCGUUUUAAUAUGGCAAGUUAUUUGUCAUUUCAUCCAUUCAUAUAUAGACCUGCCUCAAAUGGUAUCUCUUCCAAGCACCAUUUUGCAUUUUCCGAAAGUUCGAGUUCAACCAUGACUGAUGUGACGAUGAAUUGAAGACCUGCACUUUAUAAAGUGUGUUUCCUGGCAGGACGCGCAUUACCGUUUUAUUAUUAUUUUUUGUUUUUUUACCGCCGUUGUCCGAAGUUGCUGUUUUUAUUUUUCCUCUGUUCUGAUUUAGUUUGAAUUGAAAUAAACGGGAUGGGUAGUACUAUGUAUCUAAAAGGUAUAUUAUUUUAACCAAACAGUCCUAGGUGUCAGUGGUUCCUCACCAUUUGCCAAGCUAAGUCCUUGCCUUCCUGAAAGUGGAAAAAAAAAAAAAAGUAUAGUUUGUGUCUACUUUUAUAGUACUGUGUUACUGUAUUAUUUGUUUGCCGUAUGUAACAGAUACACAACAGUAAACAACAUUUACCUUCU